AUGAAAAAAAAAGUCCUAGUCAAACCUCCCAACUCCCCAGCUCUGACCACUGAGGCUGACACUUCCGGGAUCCCGAGUGUGCCAUCUUGUGCCAAGAUUGGCGUGGCGUACUCGGAAGACCGCGACACAGCCCGUUCUCUCCCCAAUGGUGCCUACCUCGCAGACGCCAAGAUGUGCCAGCAGCUGCUCGGAAAGUCAGUUCCAGAUGGAGGCAGCUUUGUUGGCAUCCUGGCCAGCUGCAUCACCCUAGGUGCCUGCUACCUCUUCAAGCAACUGGGAAAGGAGGAGCCUGAUGCAAAGGCGAUUAGCGGCCCGAAGGCCUGUGUUAGCUCGGCGGAUUCGAAGGUCGCCCAGGACAUGCCCACCUUGCCACCACUGGCGGUGAUAACGCCAACGGUGAAGCCAGUGCACUGGUCUCAAUUCGUGGCAAUUGAAGGAUCCGCAGAUGCAGUUAUUUUCGCUUAUGCUUAUGUGCACACUGAGCAAGAUGUCUGCUGCCUUGGAUGUCCAGUUGGACGCCAACGUCCAGGCCUGCACCUCACUCACCCCAAAGUUGGCUUGCCAAGGGCGGAGAUGAUCAUGAGAUACUUGCUAGGACCUUCAUUCCGACAUGCCAGAAAUCAAAUCCUGUGUUUGCAGACCUUGGGCGCAGCUCCUGCCACAGCCACCGGUGGCAGCAACAUGAUGACCAAUGCCCUGGCCGGUUGGGGCCACAGGGCUGCCGUGGCCGCCCUUGGCAUUGGUGGGGUCGCCUACUACUUCAUCGCCGGAGGAAAGAAGAGCAAGUCGAAGAAGAAGUCGAAGCGCGGCGUCGGUGUGGAGCGAGCAGCAGAGGCGAUGAUUGUGGACGAGGAGGCUCCAACUCCCGCAGCUCCGGCUCCGGCAACCGGCUUUGAGCAGUACCAGGGCAUGAUGCAUCCUAUGGGCGCACAGGGGCCCAUGACUCCUGUGCCGCAGCUACUCGUCCAGUGUUAA